ACAGAGCCGCGGCGGGCGGGAUACUGGGAGCACUGGGAAGGGCUGGGAGCGGCAGCUGGAGCUAACUGGGAGUCACUGGGAGCCACUGGGAGCCACUGCCGACCAUGAAGCUGCCCCCGAGCUGCCGCCUGCUGCUGCUGCCGGUGGCCGCGGCGCUGACCCUGCUGGCGCUGCAGGCCCGGCACUCGGCGGUGCCCCCUCCCAGCACCACCGCUGCCCCGGCUCCCACCCCGCGCCCCGGGAACGCCACGGAGCCGCCGCGGCCCCCGCGGCACCCGCUGCAGCCGCCGUACCCGUACCCCUACCGCUUCCUGCUGAACCACCCCGACAAGUGCCGGGAGCGGGCGCCGUUCCUGGUGCUGCUGGUGGUGACCUCGCCGGCCGACCUGGCCGCCCGCGACGCCGUGCGCCGCACGUGGGGCGACGAGAGCGCCGUGCCGGGGCUGUCGGUGCUGCGGCUCUUCCUGCUGGGCCUGCACCCCGUCUUCAGCGCCGAGCUGCGCCCCGUGCUGCAGGAGGAGGACGCGCUGCACGGGGACCUGCUGCAGCAAGACUUCCUGGACACCUACAACAACCUGACGCUCAAGACGCUGAUGGGCUUGGAGUGGGUGAGCCGCUUCUGCCCCAACGCCAGCUACGUGAUGAAGGCCGACCACGACGUCUUCCUCAACCUGGAGUACCUGGCGGGGCUGCUGCGGCCGCCCAGGAGCGACUUCCUGACGGGCUACGUGUACCGCUGGACGGGGCCGCUGCGGAACCGCGCCUACAAGUGGUUCGUGCCGCGCGAGGUGUACCCCAACGACACCUACCCGCCCUACUGCGGCGGGCCGGCCUACGUGCUCUCGGGGGACCUGGCGCUGCGCGUCUUCGGCGUGGCGCAGACGCUGCCGGUCAUCAACAUGGAGGACGCCUUCGUGGGGAUCUGCCUGCACGCCCUGGGCGUGGCCGUCACCGACCCGCCGCCCGGCGCCUUCACCAUGUACCGGCUGGAUUACGACCGGUGCCGCUUCUCGCGGCUGGUCAUGGUGCACCACUACGGGCCCCAGGAGCUGCUCCGGGUGUGGCCGCACUUCCGCAACGCGUCCGACAAGUGUCCCUAGGGCGGGGACGCGCCGGGAGCUGGCCGGCGUUCCUUUCCGCCGCUGUUCCCUUUCCUCUGACUGUCACCGGGAUCCACUGGCGUCACCGGGAU